AUGUCUAUCAGGCUUUGCAGUGUCCAAUGGAAGCAUUGCAAGGUAGAAGAUCCCUACUGCACAACGUGGCUGCUGGCGGCCUCAUCGGCGCUUGGGGUGUUCAGCAAGGACUUCUUGGCGUUCCGUUCCUUGAAUGCACGUCGCUGCGCCAUCGGCGAUCGCAGAAUUAUCUUGGGCUGCUGUAACAGCCCCUAUUAUAAUGUAGUAGUUUCCAUGUUCUUUUCCAUUAUCCCUAUAUAA